CAGCGGGACGCGUUGACGGAGGAAAGCAUUCAAAACUUGUUUGCCCUCGCUUUCGGCACGGCACGGCGGCGCUCGGUCCGGUGGCGAGCAUUCGGCCGUCCGCUGCAUCUCCGCGCCAGUGAUGUUUUGGUUUCGGUGACAGACGCGCUCCUCGGCGCCAGCACGCUCCUGCCGCCAUGGGAUUUUUACGAACGACAGCCAACGUCUUCUUCUUCCUCCUAUCUUUCGUCACGUUCUUCAUGGGGGUCGUCGUGCUCGGCUACAUGCUCUGGAUCCUGGCCACCACGGAAAACCGGAGGUUCCUCGACGGCGUCCUGGUGUUCACCUACGUUCACUUGGGAGUCGGUGCAGCCUGGUUCCUGACAGGAAUGUGUGGUUGGAUCGGGUCUUACAAGAAGGGUGGCCUCGGAAUGAAACUGUUCUUGUUCCUCGCCGUUGUCAUGGUGGCGGCGGAGAUAGGCGGCAUCGUCGCUCUCAGCAUACUCAAGAUAAAGAUGGUGGACAUCUUAAAGUCCGGCUGGAUAGAAGUAAACGAGCCGACGAAAAACUUCAUCCAAGACAGGCUGGACUGCUGCGGCUUUAGCGGCCCAAAGGAGUUCGCCUCUACAAACAGCCACAUAGACGAGACCUGUUAUCGGUUAGUGGGCGAGACCGAGGACGUCUCCAUCAAGGAGAUUCGCCGGAUCAAAAGGGCCGGCUGCAAAGAGAGGCUGGUGGACUUCUUCUACAAGCACAAGAUCAUUUGGAUAUCUUCACUCGGUGUCGUCCUACUUCUACAGGUGACGGCCAUAUUACUGUCGGUGUACCUCAUCAACGCCAAAAAGAGAGAUCUGCGCGAGAACUCCUUCAGCUCGCUGACCCACCGGUCCUACACUACGGGCUACUGACAGCGGCCGUCGGCGCCGGAACCGGAAGUGCUCGUCUGGCUGUGAACUACGCAUGCGCGCCACGAGCGGGAGUACAGCAGUACGUUGCCUGGACGCACGAUGGUCACGGAGGGUCGCCGGUCGACCCCAUUGGAGCCACGCGCGCUGGAUCCGCAGCAGUCCGGCUGUGUUCCAGUGAACUUAGGGCGACAAGCUGUAAAAACCGAGUCACACGUUUGAACGCGCUGUUCGACAUGAACAUUUUUAACUCUCGAAAAUGAUGUCUAGCUUUUGUUGUUUUCGCGUAGGCGCGCUAUGUUGAUAGUAUUUCACAUCGUUGAUGAUUCCGGCGCUGAGGGCAUGUCAGUCGUGGAAAGCAGGUACGUUGAUCGAUGGAUCGAAAUGCGCGCGAAUGCUGCGGCUUCACCGGGGUUUCGUGUAACGCCGCCUUACUCGCGAUCGUGAACAGAAGUGUUAUAUUUUCUAUGAGAGCAGCGAGUUUGGGUGUCCAUGAGACUACCUUGUCGACUUCGGUGUUGUAAUGACGCCGGUGUGAUGAAGGCUUCUUUAUGCGGGAGUCAUUUUCCAGAGGCCUCGAACUCCCCAAUGUAGUAGGUUUGCCCGGCUUGUGUCCAAAGAGAGAGAACGCAGCCAAUUCGGGUGCUGUGGAGUCAAACGCUGUGUAAGCACCUGCUCCCACACACACACACACACACACAAAAAAAAAGGAGUCACCAAUACUUCGUUUGUUCUCGGAGUGAAAAGUUAAGAAGAUGCUGUUCAAAGAAGGCUUGAGAUCACCCGUCAGGUUCACGGAAGAAGAUGGAGCCAUCGUUGAUGGAAAUCAGAUCCACGGCAUAGAUGGCAAACAGUGUCCUGAACUAAUUUUUUUCUUCCGAUAAACGUUCAUCUGUUUGCUUUUGUACAUAAUCCACAUCAUGUUGUCAAAACAAUGUUUAGUUAUAUUGUGUAAUCUUGCUCAGGUGCUUGCAAAUUGAAAAAUGUAGUAAUUUUAUCAUGCAAUUUCUUCACUGGACAGUGUUGCGAUGUUAUUGCAUAUUGCGAUCUGAUAUGCCGAAGCCUGAGGUUCAAGUGACGGUUACUUUGAUUUAUUGUCUAAUGGCUUGUUCCUGGUAGUUCUUUUUUCAUAAGCUUUUCUUUUGUGAUGAGGGCGGCGCCAUUGCGUCUGCAGGAACAUCUUGUGCAAUUCACGAGCACUUAAUGCUGCAGUCUGAAAAUAUAACAGUUUCAUUUUUCUAUAUUCACUUGUAUCGAAUCUAGCCCGAUGUACGGCGAGUUGCUGAAGGCGUAAGACAUAGUGCAUAAAAGCUAUCGGUAGAGUCGAUCAUUCUGAAUGCGAAGGCGAACGUCGCUCAUCUGUGUUAUCCGUUUAAGUGAAAUCAUCUGAAUCAUCGCUUUUUGUACCACACUUCUUCACGUUUACCUAUAAUCUAGGUCCUAUGCUCUUCAUAGUCACGCAAAGUAUUGUCUCUUGUUGUGUCGUUUGCCUUCUGCGAAUGUUAGUGCUUGUGAACAUGGCUAGCGACAUCGCAAGUGCUAGGCGCAAUAAUGUUGCCUUCACGUCGUCAAUUCACGGCAGAAUGCUCAAGCGACGUCUUGAAGGUGCAGCUCAGCACGAUACUACAUGCGGUUAUGCCACUUCCUCCUACUAUUCAUCACAAUGCUUCUCGUUCCUUAAUAAUGGGCCGUGCAUAUUAUACUCGAUGGCUGAUAGGGGGCACCUUAGAUGAUCAUCAGUGAACCAUGGACUCAUCAAUGAACCAUGGACACCUCUUUUAGGAAAGUGAAUUGUUAGCUACCUCUCCCUCUCUUCUUUACGUGUCUAAUCUUCGUGCGCGCGCAAAAGGAGGAACCCUCGGAAGAAUCUGCGCUUUUCUAUCAGAGCCAAGUGUUCAGCAUGUGAAUGGCAUGCAGGGGAAUUGAAGCCGUGUUCGAAAAAUCAAUUGUAAAACUCCCGCUAAUAGAUUAGGAAAAGGAAAAUAUCUCAUAAUAAGGUAUGUGAAACGUGUUCAUGCGUGUUAAGAAAGUUCGCAGUACCGCGCUGAAACCGCACCACAGUUGGUGUGGCGAUGGCGGGUGCAAGCAGAGUUCCUUUUGUUGCUUCUAGUCAAGGGACACGCGGACGCCGAAAAGUGGAAGCGCGCAAAGUGCAGUAUUCGUAUUACCAGCAUGCGUGGAGCCCUAAGAUGCCUCUGCUCGUGGCGUGCCGCCUCAGUGGCAGUUCAUCACUCUACCUAUUGUGUCCAGUCGCUGGCAUGUUCCACGUAUCUCUCCUAAUCCACGUAUAAAGGCGUCCAACAGCAAGCGUCUGCGAAACUCCCCAAGAUCACGGUGAAAGGUGUACAUCUAUGUGCAAAGGCAGUGACGACAUUUUCUUUUGUGGAGGUAAAUUCUUGUCUGAUCAUUACCUACGUUAUUUGUAGUUAUUUCAGUCCCCGAUGGGGAGCAUUUAUUCCGCCUGGGCAUACACGCUCUAGCGGGAAGUCCGAAAACUAUCGAAAACGGAGGUACCUGUGGAACAAGCAGAUGCCGCCGCAAGAGGAAAUGCCAACUCGACGUAUGUUGUGAAGAGUGCGCGCAGUCGUUCAAAGGACAAAAACUUUAAUCGUUACGCUAUAACUGCUACCAUGCCGCAACACGAUGACAGACAGCUUAUCGAAUGCGUGGCACAUGCUUAAAGGUUGCCAACUUGCUUGAGACAUCUCAUUUUGUACUCCUGUUGCAAGUAGAAAGAGAGAGCGCGAGAAAAAAAAAGGAAUGAAGUUUAACCAGACCGAGGUCAUGUUGGCUGUUCUCCAUGGAAGGAGAUAUAAAGGAGGGGCCGAGCAAAAGAACAGAUAGUUCACACGCAGUUAAGAACAAAUGUACUGUUAUCAACUAAUUUUGCCGCUAUAUCCGAUAGUGCAAUUGUUACCUGCACUAGCGAUAGUUUUUGUGCGUUCCAACCACCUACAUUGAGCCAUGAUCGGUCAGAAGCAGAGUAAAUGUACUCUGCCAAAGAGAACGGGAACUCUCGAAAGUGGAGUUAAUAAAGUACUGGCUCAAGCUGACACUCCGGCAAACGGAACAUUUUGAUACUUCAUAGUAUUAGACUGGGCUAGACAAUCGUAGUUAUGAACAGACACGCAAGUAUUCUGAGCACCAUCAUUCACCGUCACAAUUCAUCAAGCAAGUAAAUCAUGGCCUAUUAUAACAGCUACGCUAUAGUAUUCCCGAGAGCACAAUCAUUCAUCGUGGCAGGUUAUGACGCAUGUGAAUCACGGCGUUCUAAAAACGACACAAAUAUUUCGAGCACCAUCAUUCAUCGUCACAAGUUAUCAAGCAAGUAAAUCACGACCUGUUUACAGCUACAGGAGUAUUCCUAGCGCCAUCAUUCAUCUGCACAAGUCAUCUAGCGAAAGUAUGUCAUGUCCCCGUGAAGGUUCUUGUUUUCUUUAUACACUCAGAGCGUGCACUUCCGAAUGCUAACAGUCUCGGCCUCCGAUCAGCGUCAUCAAUAUGCUGUCCACCAAAGAUGCUGCUAUUACUUUGCGUUAAUACGUAACCGCAAUGUAUGGUGUGCUUGCUUGCUAUAGAUAUAGAAUGAGGCAGUUGGUCAUUGGUUAUGUUGCGCCAUGGCCGUUUUCCAGAAACCAGCCUGUUACCGUCGCUCAACGCUCACUGAAUGACAGCGCAGACUUCCGAGCAAUAUUCGGUGAUGACGGGUUGCAGAGACGCGUCCAAGCUCAUACGUCAGUAUUUACCUUUGCGCCUACGUAAAAAAAAAAAAAAAAAAAAGUUGGCUUCAAGUGGGCUUCGAAGCUGGUUUCUGAGUUGGCUUCAAAGUUCGCUAAAAAUGCUGAGAUAUAGUUAGGCUGUGGACUGCGCUUGAUAAGAUGUUCUUCGGGUCCUCUUAAAUAUCACUGAGAAUAGUUUUGAGCGCGAUUUGUGCUUGUGUUUAAAUAAAAAGCAUGUACCAUUAUCAUAGUCAUCUCUUGCGUCUUUUUUUGAAAGCUCAGUGGCGUGUCGAGUUUGUUUGUACUCUGCCAGAAUGAUGGCGCAAUUAAGCACUUGCAGAGCAAAAGUGACAUGUUUUCAUCUUGUAUUCAUGAAGCUUUAUUAUAUAGGAAACGCCCGAAUGCAGUCAAUGUUGAUGCGCAUUUUAUCAUUGUCUGCAUUGUUACGACGCUGCGGCCAGGCAUCAGGCAUGUCAAUGAAAUAACUUUAGAGCCUGCUCGAACGAGCAAAAAGUGUGAAUUCACUCGAAUAAGAAUAUUCUUCGAAAGUGCGAACUUUGAAUAUCGAACCAAAAAAAAAAAACGAUUACUUCACCGGUUGGGUGCUUUUAAACGGGUCCUCGAACCGGAAAAUGUGCAAUACGCAUGGACUUUCUUUGUUGCAAGCAGGCUCCAAUAAUUGUAGUAACCCCGCAUAUUUCCAUAUUUUGGUAAUCGAAGAAAUCGAAUAUCUCUAAUCGAUGCUUCGAUUCGAUUCAGGAGUAUUCGAUUGGCUUUCGAACUUUCGAGUAUUCGCUCACCACUAAGUAACUAACGAGAGAAAAUUCAUUUCCCUCAAGCCAACCUCGAUUGAAACGCUUGUCGACGUAGUUAUGUCUUAAGUGAGAGAAGAAAGCCCUCCUUACACGGGGAUCGCAAAACAAAUGCGCGCUCGUCCAUACUAUAUCCUACUGCAUUCUUUUUCCUGAAGACACUUAUCGCAGUGUGUACCGUAUCGUCUUUCAGUACUACUUUUCUCCCGUCUUCAGACUGUUGCGUAUUUUCUCCUCAUACACCCAUCACGGUGCAUCAUUUACAUAGUUCUUUCCAGCGCUGCUGUCUUUCUUCCUACACGCGCUGGCUUGCGUGAAAGACGGCAGCGCAUUUGCGACCAUUGAAUUUUACGCGUAUUGCAAAUAUAUCUGAUAGUGCCUGCAAUACCACUCGCUAGUGUGUGCCGCCUAUGAAUGAUGAAAUGUGACUUAGUUGCGACCUCGUCCUAUCGUCAUUUUGGUCAAACGCUCGAACGAUUGCACGCUUGAUGCAAAAAGAAGCUGCAGGAAAACAACACGAAGGAAGCAAUAAACGCUGACGUAAUAGGAAUUGCAGAAUCGCAGAUGAAACUUUUCUUCGAAACUGCUAAUUAAGAGAAAGAGCGAUGCACACGUCGCGUUUUCGCCUUCAAUAAAGUGUGAAAAAUAACAACAGAAACUUGUUCAUUUUUUUGUAGCAGCCCUAGUACGUACGUUGGAUGUAAACUUGCGUUAACUUUUGAAAACUAAUGGUAUUAACGGCAAUUCUCGUAAGCUGCGCCAAUGAUUACUGUAUAGCAUGAACUCAUGACAGCAGCGCCCUCUACGCUUCAUCAGCCAUGCGUGAGGCGGUGCUGUAGUGAUAUUUAUGACUCAGGUGUAGCUCCGCUUUUAAAAACUCGUCUGAAGCACAUAGUGGUAAAGGUCUACUUGCAGUGUUGGCUACCCAACGGCAUUUCAAGUUGGGUCGUUGUAGUUUUGGAGAAGGUUUUAUGUUGGUAAGGUCGUAUGGUGGAUGAAGUGGGUCUCAGUGUCUGGAACACGGCACACUCCAAGCUCAAGCCAAAGAGAGUCUAGCACUGCAAUGUUGAAGCGCCUAUGAUAAAGCUGGCAUCCGACGUGAGAGGUGUGUUCAAGCAAAUGUAGUCAAUGGCCGCGGUAAAGUUGUUACUCUUGCAUGUACUGUAUUCAAAGUAUGUUUUUUUUAAUGUUUUCUCCGUAAUUCCGUCACACUAGCUAUUUUUGUUGUAUCGAAUUUAUAUCGCGCUCAACGAACUGCUGUUUAUAGUAAGGUGAGUGACAUUAUCAGAUUGUAGAGCGUGCUAUUAACUCACGAGGACUGUGUGUAAAUCCCAGCAAAAUGUGUAGGUAUUCCUGUUCAUCAUGUGCCUCAUCUUUGUGUGCACUUGCCUUAUUGUAUGCAAUCACGCUGUCAUGUGCAGUCAUUGUCAUACUUAACCAGAAUACGUCUUAAACACAUUUUUUUGCUUCUCCUGCGGUGGGCGCUGACGAUUAGUUGCUUGGAUCCUUAAAUUGUGUCGAGCUUAGUGCGUCAUCCUUGUAAAGUAUUCGAUGUUUUCUCGUUACAAUCCUUGUUUGUUAAAGUCAGGCUGCUGCAGGUUCAUCGUUCUGGUUAAGUCUGACGGCAACUGCACUGCUUGUCUUAGGUGAAACAUCGAGCAGUGAAUAAAGAACGUUCCCUUUUCUGGUGUACAUGACGUGAACAAUAAAAACGCUAUAAAAGAUCAA